UAAGAGAAAACGUAUUCUUACACUUAUUUACUUAAAUCAAACAGCAGCAUCGUCUGAGAUUUUGAAUCGCAAUAAAAUUUUUGGGUAUAUAUAAGUUAGAUUUGAAUAGAUUUACAUACAGAGAAAGUCGGCGGUAAGCAAUGGAUGCACCCAUUAUAUCGAUAUAUGACUUGUUGAUGAAGCGUCACAGGCAGCAGAAGAAGGAUGAGCAGUUGCAGCACAAGGAACUGUUUUCAGGAUCCGCUAGACGUCAAAAUAAUCCCACAAGGACUUCAGCUAAUAGCCUUGCAGAGGCGAAGAAAACCAAAUUGAAGACAAGUCGUACCAAGAUUUGCGUCGAUUUGAAGGACAAGCAAGCUACAAAAACGUCCAGCAAUGUGAUAACUGCCACACAUCUAACUAAAAAGCGUACUGGAAUCCUUAUGCCAUCGCUGACCAAAAAGGAGGUUCUCAAUCAGCUGAUCGAGCGGAUGUCCGCGUCCACCAAGAAGCCUCAAGUGAAGCCCGUAAACAAUGAAUCUUCAGGUCAGGGCACAUCUCCAGCCGAGGAUGACAGUGAUGGUCCCAUUAUAUCAAUCAAGAAAAUGAAAUUCAAGCCGAAGAAUUUGAAACCGCUUCCGGCCAGCGCAUCCAGUAAUUCUCGCCGGCGUCUUGCCCUAUCGCCACGUAAUACGAAUACCAUGGGCACCCCAAAACUCAAGCGGGAGAAACCCAUUAAGUCCAAGGCUGUCAGCAAUUCAAAGGCCCUUUGACUGACACUAAUAAUACCGACAUUAUGCGACCCAAGCGACGUCUUCAGACCAACAAGUCCAAGAUAUCAAUCGCGUUGAAGAUAGAAGAUAGAAAGACACCUUCAGAUGAAAAUGUCGUUCGUUAUCGUCUCUGAAUUCUUUUUAGGAUGGUACCGUAUUAACGAAAAUCUUCUGGUGGUUUUGAAAACGUUUUUCAGUUAUUCUUAGAGCGCCCGCAUGUCAACCAAUAGAAUUCAUUGGAACGUGGAACCUAUUGGUUACAUGUGGACGGCGCUCAUAAAUUUCUAGUUUUUCCUUGUUCAGAAAUACUUGUAUAUGCAAUCUUAUAAAACAAAAAAAUACCUAAGCAAAUAUGUAAUACAGUUUACUAUAAAGGUUGCA